CAUAUAUCUGAUCGACUUGGACAGAACGAGAUCGAAGGGUCUCAGACAUCUAUUUUGUAAACAAUCCAGAAGUGUGCUGACCUGGCCCAUUACAACCGGUCGUCUUGAAUCAAGUCAUAAGGACAGGAUGCAUGCUCGAACAUAGCACUGGUCCAUUUGAUAGCUCUCUUGCAUUUCAACUGAGCAAUUGGCGGAAAUAUCAACAUCAACAUUCAUUUCCAUAGCACCAUCUUUUGAAAGAGUCGUCAACAUGGAUCCCCAAUUCCAUCAAGCAGCACCACCACACAACCUAAUCCAAACAGCCAAGGAAAACGCAGAGCAAUACUCUCUAUUCGUUCUCGUGGCAAUUUUAAUAUUCUCUGUCCUUUCAACUCGCACAAUCACCGGACUACAAAGUCAAAGCCAUCAUGACUCUGUGGAUGGGGAGCCGCGUCGUGUCCGCAAACUGCCCUAUUGGGUACCGGGCCUAGGACAUGUUUUUUCUUAUUCCUGGAGACACCGGGAUUUCUUGCUUGAUGCUCAGAAAGCUAUGAAUGACCCUGUGGUGGCUCUUCAAAUGGGAUUACAGACACAAUAUCUUGUGUAUUCGCCUAAUAUGAUUCAGAAACUUAUCAAUAAUAAAGACGCUCGCUCUGGGGUCUAUUUCACAAGAGUCAUGGAGAAUUUUGUUGGCGACAAUGGAGCGUUUGGCAGGUUGUCAGCGCAAACUCGGGAAUCAGUCAAGACUACAUUGGCCUCUCUUACACAAGAAAAAUACUUAUCAAAAUUUUCGUUGGCACUGGCUCGUCUUCUAGAGCGCGAGACUGCAGAUUUUGUCUCUUUCAAUCGCAGUCUAGUGGAUCAAAUGGUCUGGGAACGCAAUACCGGUAUCGUGGUAGAAGAAAACAACGGAACCAACUCACAGAGCUGCCAAGUGGACCUAUUUGCAUUGACUAGAAGCUUUGCAAGCUAUCAUAUUACAUAUGUACUGAUGGGACAAGCAUUGUUAGAUUUCCACCCUGGAAUCGUUGACGACUUGUCAAGUUGGGAUCAGGAAUAUGUGCGUUUGAUAGCUGGUGCGCCGCGAUGGAUCCCUUCACCCGGCAUCUCGGCUGCAUAUGCUGCUCGAGAUCGCGUACAAAAGACUAUAUCAGUUCUACAAGCUUCCUUUUCAGCUCUUGAAGACGGCCGAAACGCUCCGCUGGAGUUUCGAGAUCUAGACGAUGUCUCGGAAAUAGUGCAAGAACGCAUGCGGUUUUGGCGCAUAUCAGGAAUCUCAUCCUCACUCAGUGCUCGAUUAGAUGCUUGGCUGCUGUGGAAAACAACUACAGAUGCAUCGAAAUUGAUUUUUUGGAAUAUUUUACAUAUCUUUUCCGACUCCGAUCUGUUAGCUACGGUACGAAAGGAGAUUGCGCCGUACGUCAGAGUCACCCGCUCAGAUCCUAAAGUAACUGGUCUGCCCAUAGCUGAACCGCCGAGGUUAUCGAUCGAUACGGAGAAACUCUUUACAGGCUGUCCGUUACUGAAAGCGACGUAUGCUGAGACUAUACGUCUAGACUCGAAUCCGAUUUCUUAUCGACAGUUGAAUGCAGAUCUAACUCUGACGGAAUCAGAGGAGGAUGCAGCUAUUUUUGCUCGGGAGAAUGAAAAACAUCACCGAUCUUAUAAAAUUUUUAAAGAUGGUAUCCUAGGGCUGGCUAGCGGUGCACAUCAUAUUGAUUCGAGAUAUUACCGCGAACCAAAGUCCUUCCUACCUCAUCGAUUUCUGACUACCUCUGCUUCUUUCCCUCCAUCAUCAUCAUCAAAGGCCAAAAAGAACGAUGAAGACCAACCUUCGCAUUCUUUCAACUGGCAAACUGUCCUACCAUUUGCCGGAGACGGUACUUUUAAUGAUCUGCUCGAAAGAGAAGUCAUGCUUAUUACGGCUUCAAUAGUUUCACUGUGGGAUAUUGAGUCUGUAGAGAGUGAUCAAAAGGGAUGGGGAAAGUCGAAGAUACCGGCUCAUAGGUUAUCAGCGAACGCGUUUCUGCCUUCUUCUGAUGUGAAGGUCCGCUUGAAGCGACAUGUCUAG